CUGGAACCGGGAAGUUUAUGGCAAGUCAGCCCUCCAGCGAUCAAUACAUAACUGUCUCUUUGUACGUUACACGAGAGGAGUAGACUGAGUAGUGUACGCUAGUUUGAGCCGUCCUCUCUCGGAACUGUUGUUGACAUUCAGUAAUGAAGGGAACUUGUCAUAGACUCCAAGGGUAAAAUUUGGGAGUCAUUAUUACAAGCGCAUUUACCCAAACUUGUAGGUCCACGUCAAAGACUGUCCUCCCGGGAUGUUCGACCUAACGAAGGAAUGGAAUCUGUCGUUCGCCGGCUGCGGGUUCCUGGGGAUCUAUCACAUCGGAGUGUCCAGCUGCCUGUUGGAACAAGCGCCCUACCUUAUCAAAGGUGCCACCAAGAUUUACGGGGCUUCGGCCGGUGCCCUAACCGCCUCGGUGCUCGCCAGCCAGGCAUCCAUAGCUAAGUGCUGUGAGGAUGUGAUCGAGACAGUCAAGGAGGCCCGGAAGCGUAACCUGGGUCCCCUCCACCCCUCCUUCAACCUGGUCAAGGUCAUCAGGUCGGGCCUGGAGCGCGACCUGCCCGCCGACGCGCACACACUCGCCUCCGGGAGGCUGUGUGUGUCACUCACUCGCGUGUCUGAUGGACAAAACGUCAUCGUGUCCGAGUUCAAGUCCAAGGAGGAGCUCAUCCAGGCACUGCUGUGUAGCUGUUUCAUCCCCAUAUACUGUGGCCUGAUCCCUCCAUCCUUCCAAGGAGUGCGUUACGUGGAUGGGGGAAUCAGUGACAACCUUCCUCAGUCAGAGCUGAAGAACACCAUCAGCAUCUCUCCGUUCUCCGGCGAGAGCGACAUCUGUCCCCGGGACACCUCCUUCAACUUCCACGAGCUGCGCUUCACCAACACCUCCAUCCAGAUGAACCUGGACAAUAUGUACCGCCUCAGCAAUGCCCUGUUCCCCCCAGAACCCAAGGUUAUGGCAGAGAUAUGUCAGAGUGGCUACAAGGACACCCUUCGCUUUCUUGAGGAGAACCAUCUGCUGAAGCUGGAGUGUCCGACUGCCGGCCCCAGCCUAUCAGAAGCCACACACACCUGCUGCUGCAAGCCCAUCGCCACGGAAACCACUAAGGACUGGAUGCUCCGCCGGCUCCGCCUCCUGAGGAAGCGGCACUGGUGGCUGGACGAGCAGAUUGUUGACAACCUGCCAACCCAAAUCAAAAAAGUGUUUUGUGAGGCGUGCCAGCAGAAGCCUGGUCUGUAUGCUCAGGUGUCCGAGAUGCUGCCGGUCAGAGUGGCCUCCUACAUGCUCCUGCCCUGCACACUACCUGUGGUAUCGGCCUACUCAGUGGGCAAGAGGUUUGUGGAGUGGAUCCCAGAGGUGCCUGCAGAUAUGCGUUGGCUAGCUGGGGUGGCUGGGGAUGUAGCUGGGAGCGUGUACAGACAGACUCGGAGAGGAGCACCAGCAGACAUAACCAGUGAUGGUUCCCUGAGGAAUUGCAUGAGCCUGCCCCUACCCCUGGACAGUGACGGACCCAGGGAGAGAGACUGUCACCUCUCCGGGUUCGCUCUCUCUGCUCUUGACCUCCAAAGUCAAUACUGGAACAUCCCCACCGCCCCCUCUUCCCGCCGCCCCACCAGCCCCCUCAUGCCCAGCCCCUCCCCACGACAGAUCUGCUUCUUUGUUGGCUCGCAGGACGAGACUGACUGACAGUCCCAUCCACCAAUGAGAGGACACUUUGACUUUGUUUUAAAAGAUGAUAGGAUGACAGUCCAGCUCAAGAUCCCUCCCACAGGGCCUGUCUAUAGGCUAUAGGAACUGGGAUGGACAAAUGAUGAUCAUGUGAUUGAAUAGCUUUGGGAUCCAGAACUGUUGCUAUAGACACACUAAUCAUGUAUUUUGAUCAGUCUAACAAUCAUAUUUUAUUCUACAGUUAACAUUGUAGAACAAUUUACCAGCUCACCACCAAAGGCCUCUGCAAGUGAAUUCUUUUUUGAAAUUAUACAUUUUAUAAAUAACUGUCUAGUGUUUCCAGAUUACUUGUUGUCACCACCUUCCGGAGACACCUGAAACCCCACCUCUUUCAGGAAUACCUAGGAUAGGAUAAAGUAAUCCUUCUCACCCCCUCCCCCCUUAAAAGAUUUAGAUGCACUAUUGUAAAGUGGCUGUUCCACUGGAUGUCUUAAGGUGAACGCACCAAUUUGUAAGUCGCUCUGGAUAAGAGCGUCUGCUAAAUGACUUAAAUGUAAAAUGUAAAAUGUCACUACAACUAUACCUACCUACUUACAGUACCUACCUACCAGAGGAGGCUGGUGGAAGGAGCUAUAGGAUGACUGGCUCAUGGCUGGAAUAGGAUAAAUGGAACGGUAUCAACCACAUCAAACAGGGGCGGCAGGUAGCCUAGUGGUUAGAAUGUUGGGCCAGUAACCGAAAGGUUGCUGGAUUGAAUCCCUGAGCUGACAAGGUCAAAAUCUGUCGUUCUGCCCAUGAAAAAGGCAGUUAACCCACUGUUCCCCGGUAGGCUGUCAUUGUAAAUAAUAAUAUUUUCUUAACUGACUUUCCUAGUUAAAAUAAAAAAACAUAUGGAAACUACAUGUUUGACUCUGUUCCAUUAAUUCCAUUCCAGCCAAUACAAUGAGCCUGUCCUCCUAUAGCUCCUCCCACCAGCCUCCUCUGCUACCUACCUACAGUACACAGGAGGUUUGUAGCACCUUAAUUGGGGGGAUGGGCUCGUGGUAAUGGCGGUAGUGGAAUGGUAUCAAACACAUGGUUCCCAUGUGUUUUCUGUUCCAGACGUUAUUAUGACCUGUCCUCCCCUCAGCAGCCUCCUUUGCAACAGUACCUACCUACGUGUGUUCAAUUAAAUGUAGUAUUCAUUCCUAAUGGACUGUUGACCUGAGUUAAAGUUGACUUCCUUGACUAUGAGCUGUGCGUUUUCCUGACUACUAUUAGACAGGACCCUUGAACUGAACUAUGAACUACUGUGAUGAGCUGUGAUGUCAAGAAAUUUGAAUCACAAUGUUCUUGAAUGUUCCUUUCAGAACUUCUCUUAAUGUUGACCGUUGCUUUUGCACAAUAACUUGAUAGGAUUCACAAUUUUUACAUGGCAUCUCAAAUGGGUCAAUUUCAUGAAACCAGUUUUAAAAUGUAUGUAGAAAACUGAGUUAAAAAACCAUGAUGCAUCUGCAAAAUCAACUAUCAUUCGGGACUAAGGACUAAGAUGUCUAGUUUUUUGGAAAGUGUCUUAUUUUAAAUACAUUUGACAUUUUUGCCAGAAUUUUGUAUUUUUUUUUACCCCAAAUUCUCUUUACUGAAAUGCUUUCGGAUUAAAUUCUCAAGUCAUUUUAUAUAUAUUUUUUAUUUAGGACAACCUAAUUUCAUAUGAAUAAGACACAAAAUAUGAUUCUGUAAUUUGUCCAUAAAUCAUACAAAUGGUAUACUAGUUGACUAUAAUAAUAUUUAUGCUUCAGAGUUCAAGUAACCGAAACAUCUCAACAUCAACUGUUCAGAGGAGACUGCAUGAAUCAGGCCUUCAUGGUUGAAUUGCUGAAAAGAAAUCACUACUAAAGGACACAAAUAAUAAGAAGAGACUUGCUUGGGCCAAGAAACACGAGCAAUGGACAUUAGACCGGUGGAAAUCUGUCCUUUGGUCUGAUGAGUCCAAAUUAGACAUUUUUGGUUCCAAUCCUGUGUUUUUGUGAGACGCAGAGUAGGUGAAUAGAUUAUCUCUGCAUGUGUGGUUCCCACCGUGAAGCAUGGAGGAGGAGGUGUGAUGGUGUGGGGGUGCUUUGCUGGUGCCACUCUGUGAUUUAUUUAGAAUUCAAGGCACAUUUAACUAGUAUUGCUACCACAGAAUUCUGCAGCUAUACGCCAUCCCAUCUGGUUCGCACUUAGUGGGACUAUCAUUUGUUUUUCAACAGGACAAUGACCCAAAACACACCUCCAGGCUGUGUAAAGGCUAUUUGACCAAGAAGGAGUGAAUGAGUUCUGCAUCAGAUGACCUGGCCUCCACAAUCACCCAACCUCAACCCAAUUGAGAUGGUUUGGUAUGAGUUGGACCGCAAAGUGAAGUAAAAGCAGCCAUCGAGUGCUUAGCAUAUGUAUGAACUCCUUCAAGACUGUUGGAAAAGCAUUCCAGGUGACAACCUCGUGAAGCUGGUUGAGAGAAUGCCAAGAGUGUGCAAAGCUGUCAUCAAGGCAAAGGGUGGCUACAUUGAAGAAUCAAAUAUAAAAUAUAUUUAGAUUUGUUUAACACUUUUUUGGUUACUACAUGAUUCCAUAUGUGUUAAUUCAUAGUUUUGAUGUCUUCGCUAUUAUUGUACAAUGAAGAAUAUCGCAAAAAUAAAGAAAAACCCUUGAAUGAG